CACGAUUAUCUGCAAAAAACUGGGAGUUGGCCUCUGCAAUUAUGGAUAAGAUUGAGGCGGGCUCUCUAUCCCAGAACAAAAGGAAGAGGAAUGGUCAGACAGUCUACCAGUCCUCUUUCAGUUGCUUGGAUAGACUGGACGUCUCUACACAAGAUGAUAUAAUUGCAGACGUCCUCACCCAGUACCUAAACAUUAAACAUGAGGAGGCUAUGGUAACGGCGGAAAAUUAUGGUCCGCCUAAGAAGCAGAAGACCUGUAAUACCGAGGCACAACAGGUCCCGGGAGGUUCCAUAGCCAGGGCAUGUAACUCAAGAGAAUUAGAGAAUAGCAAAAGGAUUAUCGCUGAAUUGGAAGCGGAAACGAGCACACUCCGCCAACAAUAUAGCUUAUCGCAACAGGAGUGUGACAAAUGGAAAGCAAACUGCGACAAGCUAAAYCUUAAAAAGUCACAACUGGAAAAGGAACUGGAAACAUUGGAGGGAGAUAAUGCCUUCUUGACUGGCCAGCUGGACAGUCAACACAAGCUAAUACAACAGUAUANAAUAUACAGUUUAUAA